GUAUUUGGCAUUCAAGGAAGAAUGACAAUGUUUAGUGCGAAAGACAUGGACACUGAUGGACUGAAGGCGGACAGAUAUGGCUGUGGUGUGUUGCGCACUAUAUAGAAGGCAGUGUGAUGGUCAACAAGUGAUUGACAUUAUCGAUAAAAAAGAGUGCUACUCAGGAUUUCGAGAUUUGGUCACGCCCUUAUAAACAGGCCUCAUAUCUUAAAGUAUCUUAAAGACAACGCUGUGAACCCGACUUACGUGAACGGCCUUGAGAGAAAACGUUGAUUCACUAUACCACAACGCCGAAGGGAGGAGGGGGAGGGACGCAUCGAACGUGAACUUCCCGUGAUAACACGGGUGUAAUUUGCGUCACACAUAACAAAAAAAAAAAAAAAAAAGUUCAAGUCCGUGCUCUAGGUUGAGGUUCCAUUGGCGAGUCGCGCCAGAAGGAGGCCACGACACGCCAAUUCCACGCGGACCUGCCAGUGAGAUUAGUGCGUAACAACCGGCAGCGUUAAACCUGUCGAUGAAAUAAAAUUCCAAUAUCACUUCUCAGAUAGGCCUAUGCAUUACUGUGCAGUCUUAGUAAGAAUUAUAUACACAGCGGAAAUAUACAAUUCAGUAAGCCAGGUUCCACUCUCACCUAGCACUUGCCCUAGAAUGUCCCUCACCGAAAGCCCCACGACGUAAAGAAUGAUCACCACCCAAUGACAUGUCACCGACCGCCGGUUUACAAGCGCCUCACCGUAUUGUCACGAGCUCAGAGCAUACUUCCUGUCUGUCUGUUUACGAGCCCAGUCCUCCCUCUAAGCCAUGGGCCGCUCGUCUUACCGCCAUGUGAUUCUCAGUGCAGUCGCUGUCUACACGUUCUUGGCUCUUGGUACUGACAUCUUCGAUCAGAAGGAGCCCAAAAAAGAUGUCUUCAAAUUGGAGAAGUUGCCCAUGCGCCCCGGCGAGGAGAUCCAGAUGGUGGCGUACACCCAGCGGAAGGCCAGGGUGAAGGAGGUGUGCUCGCUGUGGGGCGCCUACAACACCAAACCCAGGUUCAUGAAAUUCAUCCAGAAGGAGACGGGAGACAAGACCAAGGACGAGAUUCUGAAGGACAAGAUGGAUCUCUCGCAGGCGCAGCUCGAGAGGAUUUGGCAGCUGAAUAAGAGGACGACGUUUCACCAGAUGUUCGUGGACCGCGACCACAGCCUCACCUGGUGCAAGGUGCCCAAGGCCGCGAGCACCAGCUGGCUCCAUGCAUUCCUCGAGAUAGCAGGCGAGAAAGACGUAUCAUCAAAAGACAUGGCCGGAAAACACGCACUGCUCCGAGAGAGGUACCCGAUGCUUACAAAUUCCUUGCUGAAACGCAUUAUGCCCACUACCCUCAAAUUUAUGGUGGUGCGUCAUCCUUUCGAGAGAGCUCUUUCGGCCUAUCGGGACAAGCUUGAGGAUUAUGCACGAGACCUGAAAGACAGGGGAGGCUAUUAUUAUGCAAUCUACGGCAAGAAAAUAGUCAAGGCCUACCGCAAAGAGGGGACCAGUGGAGAGGACAGCAACCAGCACAGGGAACCAACCUUCCGAGAAUUCAUCCAGUACCUCCUUGAUACAGACGUUGAAGAAUACGACGAGCACUGGAGGCCCAUUUCCCUUCUGUGCACACCUUGCCAUAUUAAGUAUGAUGUCAUUGCAAAGAUGGAGACCUUGUCGAAGGAUGCAGACUUCAUCCUGUACCAUCGUGGGCUGGCUGAUACAGUUCAUAUAGAAUGGUCACACAGGACAGACCAGCUCCAGAAGACAUCAGAUGUGGCAAAAACGUAUUUCUCACAACUCACUUCCAGUGAAGUGAAACAGCUGUAUCAUAAAUACCUUCAAGACUUUCUAAUGUUUGAGUAUGAUUUGGAACCAUAUAUGAAAUUGACACAGACUUCGAAAAUCAACUCGACUUUAACCAUAGAUGGGAAUGAGGGUGAGGACGAGUACUAUAAUGAGGACGAUGAAGAGUAUAAUGAAGAUAAUGAGGAUGGUGAUGAGGAGGAGGAUGUAGAGUAUGAGGAAGAUGAGACUCCUAACACAGGUGAUCAUGAUUAUGAAGAAUAUGCAGUUGAUAAUAAGAUCAUUGAAGUUCAUAAUAACAUUUAAAGUAUUGUCAUAAUAGGUUAUUUGGUAUUUUUUACAUAGAAGUUACUAUUGGCACAUUGAUGUUUACACAACAAAGUGGCAACAAAGCUUCUUAUUUUUAUCUGUGAUUUUAACAUUUAAAAUUUUCAUUGACUUUCAGAUAUAUAAAUAUUCACUGCAUUAUGUGUUUAUACCUUAAAAUAUUAGUUACUGAGAUGAAAAAAAAAGAUCAUACCAAAAUAACAAAUCAAAAUCCUCUACAUUAAUUCAUAAACAUUAAACAAACCUAUGUAUAUAUAGGUUUUAUGUGUUGGCUUAUGUAUUUUACAUUUGUGUUGUGAGCUUUCUAGAAAAUGGGUUUGCAGCAAUUCUGAAAAUGGGGCAUUGAAACAGUGUUAUGUACUAGUUAAGUUUUUUUUUACGUUAAGGUCUACGCACUUACCAUUCAUCCUAUUGUUUUGUCAUCUGUCAGAAGUGAGAUCAUUACAUUCAUUGCUUCGCUCAAUUAUCUAAGGGCCAAACAUUUAAUGUAAGUAAUAUUUUUGCUGUGGGCUGUUCAAGAUCAAAUUUAGAGAACCAACAACUACAGGUAUUAAAAGCAUAGAUAUUGCCUUGAUUCCGAGUUGUGGACGUUACAUAGUUUGCUUCUUAGGGCUUUAAUGUAUUUGCAACAUCUUUUGCCAAAUACUGAAGGGAUAAUGUCCCACAGAUUAUAAUCUAAUGUUGUACUAGAUCAGUUGAUCUCAUUUUACAUAUUU